AUGAAGGAUGGUGCCAGGAGACACGACAAGGUUGUCGUAGCCGGCGAUUUCAACUCAAAGUCGACCUCUUGGGGAGGAACGACCACGGACAAAAGGGGGAGAGUCUUGAUGGAGGCACUCUGCGGUUAUGGAGUGUUUCCACUGAGACUCAAGGAAAAAUAUACCUUCAGUAAGAACGGGAGGACGAGUUGUCCUGACGUAAUUAGUGUAUUAAAUAAGGUCAAUGAGAUGCACGUGGAAAGCGUGGUCUCGGACAAGUAUUCGGCCUCUGACCAUCUAUAUCUAAUGCAUAGUUUUAAAUUGAGGACAACAAGAAGGGCGUCAAAGUUCUUCAGAUAUGUAACGAAGAACCUAGCGCCAGACGAGUUUCUAAAUGGGUUUGACGACACUGUGGAGGUGAUAGACCAAGAAAAGGAUAACAGAACGGACAGGGCCGAGCUCUUGCAGAAGAGCAUCGAGAGAACGUGCGAUGUGAUGUUAAAGAAGAUAAGCGGUGCGACCAAUAGGAAGUACGCGAACUAUUGGUGGAACGCGAAAAUCGCGGAACUCAGAACACAGACCCACAAGGCAUUAAGGAAGGCGACGAAACAGAGAAAGAAAGAUUUCGGCAAUACCGAUCUCCUCGUCACCCUAUGCAAGAGAAUCAGAAAACAACUGAAGAUGGAGAUUGCCCAAAGCAAAGCCAGAGCAUGGGCAGAUUUUUGUAAGAUUCUCGAGGGUGACCCUUGA